UACUUACUGCGAAGAGAUUUGCAAAUCUCUGACUCUUCUAUUCGGGGCCCUGAGACCCGGUGCCAUUUAUCAACGUUAUCCACUGGAGAUGUACCAGUACUUGAAUCAUCGAAAUGCAGCUGUUAAAAUUCUGGUCCUCAAAAAUAUAGAAAAAACAUUAGAAAAUAUCGAGCAAGUUCCUCGCCUGAUAAAUGACAUUAAUCUACUCAUUCGUGUCAUCGAAACCAUCGGGGAUGAGAAUUUAAAUGUCGCGUUAAUUGCGAUGAACAUGAUGAAAAAAAUUGGUCGUGUACCAGACGGUGUGAAAAUCAUUUACACAGGUCCCAUGCUGAGAGCAUUUGCUCGACUAAUUCCGAAGAACGAUGCUGUUACAUUCAGAGUUUAUGAGGUCAUCGUUGACAUUGCAAAAUCAUCACCCGAGGGUUUAGAAGCCUCCGCCAAUUCCGGAUUUUUGGCUAGUCUCCUGCAAAUUUUGGACAGCGAUGAUGUGCUGCUCCAAUUAAAUACUCUAGAAGCAUUAACUGAAUUAGCGAGUACCCAAGAGGGUCUGAAUUACCUUGAAGAAAGAAGCGUAUUGAAAAAACUGGCUAAUCAAAUAAGAGAAGCGAAUGAAAAUGUUCUUUCAAGAGUUCUCAUCCCUGGAUUAAUGAAAUUCUUCGGAAACGUCGCAAAGAGCCGCCCCGACGAGAUAUUCUCAAAAUAUCCGUUCGUUAUUUUGGCACUGUUUCAAGUAAUUGAGGAGGACGAUGCAGUUUUAUUAUCCAAUGCCCUUGACACCCUCGGAUACGUAUCAUCGUCUAUUGAAGGAAAAUAUGCCUUAGAAUCACUCGGCGACGCUAUGCCUAGAACGAUAAAGAGAAUUUCUCUAAUAAUUGAGAAACAUCCAACAGAGUUAAGACUGAGAGCCUUAGACAAUCUCGCAUUGAUCAUUCAUAUUGAUAAAUCCCAACAAGACAAUCGCAUUUUAUCUCUGACUAAAUCGUGGUUCGAUCUGCUCCAUGAUGAAUCUCUUACCUUCAUCGUUAAUCUGUGUAAACAGCCGUUCGAUGAUAUUAGGCAAUCGUGCAUGCAAGUUCUUGUUGAGAUUGCUUCUCAAAUGUGGGGACAAGAGUAUAUUGCUGCUAUGCCGGGUUUAAUCGAGUUCCUCUUGGAUCGAUCUGCAGAAGCUUUCAACAAUUGUAAACAAAUUAAAUACCAGAUCGUCAAGAAUCUCUCUGAAGCUUCCUCAGAUAUAUUUGACAGUGCAACACGUCAGCAACUCCAACUAUUCGUCCAGCAAGGACCAUUCUUCGUUGACUUGCAAACGCAAGUCGCUACUGAAUCGACAUCGUGAAUAUUUCAACGAAAGUCAUUCAUUCGUGUUCGUUACUAUUUUUAUUACGCCUUUGUAGAUAAACACAAAACUUACAAAAAUAAAUUGAGUAUUCUAAGAAAAUAAUUUA